AUGUCAGAAUGGAACACUAUUGAAUCGGAUGCCGGUGUUUUCACACGGUUGAUAACAGAUCUUGGGGUAGAAGGUUUACAAUUUGAAGAUAUACCUUAUUUGGAUUACCUAGAAUCAGAAGAUAUCUCAUCAAUCUUGGAAGGUCUAGUGUUUUUGUUUCCCUAUAAGAAGUCCCUAUACCAGAAUCCCGAACCAGUUCAGGGACGUUAUGAGACUGAUAGUACCAAGGUGUUUUUCUCUCAGCAAACUAUUCAAAAUGCAUGCGCAACACAAGCUGUUUUGAACAUAUUAUUCAAUUUAUGUCAAGACAAGAAGGAAAAGGUCCAUCUAGGCCCUGAGCUAUCUCAAUUUUAUGAGUUUGUCAAAGAUUUUCAUGAACCCGCUUUAAUUGGUGAGACUAUUAAUGGAUCAGAGUUAAUCAGAAAUGUUCACAAUUCUUUUACCCCUCCGAACCUCUUUGUUAUGGAUGAAGAUCCUUACCGAAACAGAGGCCAAUCUCAAGAGGUGUACCACUUUGUAGGUUUUAUUCCUCAUGAAUCAAGGAUCUAUGAAUUGGAUGGUCUACAACCAUAUCCUAUAGACCAUGGUCCAUACACAGAUUUCGCUAAAGAUGUCAAGACUUUGUUACAAGAGCGAAUGGAUAUAUUAGUCCAACAAGGGGUACAGAAAUUCAAUAUAAUUGGUCUAAUAUUAGACAGAUUGCAAUACCUUCAGACAGAAUUAGAGAAAGAUGAUAUACCUGAUGGUAAAAGGUUUGUUUUAUCAGAACAGCUCCAAGAAGAGCUCAACAAGAGAGAAAAAUGGAAAGAAGAGAUCACUUUCCGCAAGCAUAAUCUUACGGGCCUUGCUCUAGAGCUAUUGAAGCAAAUAUCAUCGUCUAUGUCAGAAAACGAGUUCGAAAGUGUGUUAAGAGAAGCUUCCAUGAAGCCAUCGAACUAA